AUGGACGGGGACGAGCUCAUUGCCUCGGUCUAUCGCAAGAUCGAGAGGGAGAAGGCCCUCAUCCAUGCCGCCACCAAUAUGCGGCACUCGACCGAUAACCCCCUUGUGCAACAGCGGGUGGACUCGAAUAUCCGCGACGGUCGCAAGAAUAUUGCGUAUCUGGAAGAGAAGAUGAGGGAGCUUCAAAUGCGUCGAAUCGAGCAAGAGGGUGGUUCACCGGCUGAUAGACAAACAUCUGGCCCAGCACCCCCUCCAAAGGAUGGUUACUUGGACGGUCGAGGCGAGCAUGGGGAUCCCUAUGUUCCUGGCCAUGCUCCGAACCGGUCUGGUUCUAUGCCGGCGACCAUCCAGCCGAAAGCAAGGCCAAAUUAUAGCAAGCUUGAUUUGAUUAAAUAUGAUACCCCCUAUCUCGGACCCAAAAUUCAACUUAUGCUGUCCCAGCUAGAGUUUAAAUUGAGUGUCGAAAAGCAAUAUAAAGCCGGUAUCGAGAAGAUGGUUCGCCUAUACCAAGAUGACGGCGAUAGAAAGAGUCGCUCAGAUGCCGAGGGUCGUCGCAUUGAAAGCAACCAAAAGAUCCAACUGCUUAAACAAUCCUUGAAGAGAUAUGAAGACCUGCAUGUAGACAUGGAGUCGGCAGAUGGUCCUGAUGAUGAAAGUCUAAGCACACCCAACAUGCGCAAGCCUCUAACCGGUCUUUUAAGCUUGAAAAUCCACGCCGUAAAGGACGUUGACCACGCAGCAAGUUCACGAUUCUCCAGAGGUCCGGAAACCUACAUUAUUGUCAAAGUCGAAGAUGCUAUAAAAGCAAGAACCAAAGCCACCAGGUCGGAUAAGUGGCCAGAUGAAGUCUUCAACAUAGCAAUCGACAAAGCGAACGAGAUUGAACUUACCGUUUACGAUAAGUCUGGAGACAGACCCACUCCUAUUGGCAUGCUCUGGAUCCGAAUAUCCGACAUUGCAGAGGAGAUGCGUCGCAAGAAGAUGGAAACGGAAUUUAACGCCUCGGGUUGGGUGUCUGCAGACAAGAUGGCUGGGCAAGAUCCCGGUGCGCAUGCGAGUGCUUCGGGCCAGGCCACCAGCCGUCCCCAUGCUGCGGCAACAGCGCCUAGCGGUCCUUCAGGUCCAGUCUUAAUUGAUUCUUGGUUCGCCUUAGAACCAGUUGGUAGAGUACAUCUGACCAUGAGCUUUGUCAAGCACACGAGCCACCGCCGGCCAUUCGACCUUGGGCUUAAUCGUCAGGGAGCUGUCCGCCAAAAGAAGGAGAUUGUUGUUGAAAAGCAAGGACACAAAUUUGUCUCGCAACAAUUCUACAAUAUCAUGCGGUGUGCCUUUUGUGGUGACUUUUUGAAGUAUGCCGCCGGUAUGCAAUGCGCGGAUUGCAAGUAUACUUGCCAUAAAAAAUGCUACCCAAAAGUCGUCACCAAGUGCAUCAGCAAGGCAAAUUACGAGACCGAUCCAGAUGAAGAGAAAAUUAACCAUCGUAUUCCGCACCGCUGGGAGGGAUUUGCUAACAUUUCGGCCAAUUGGUGUUGCCACUGCGGUUAUCUACUGCCGUUUGGGCGCAAGAACGCGAAGAGAUGCACAGAAUGCGGUCUUACAUGUCAUGCUCACUGUACCCAUCUUGUGCCUGAUUUCUGUGGAAUGUCUAUGGAAGCGGCCAACCAGAUUCUGGAAACUCUUAAUCAAAGUCGAACGAAACCUCAUACCAAAUCCGAAUCCGUGAGUUCCGGUAUACGUGAGACGCUCAGGCCAAAUGGUCCACCGAGUCCCCAAGAUACUGCUUCCCUUGCCCAGAAAAAGCAGACGGAGAGUGCGUAUGCGCCUCCCAAGCCCGCGUCUCCCGAUGCCGUCAGGGCUGCAACCAAUUCUUACAUGCCUCCUCCAUCGCCAGCGGCUUCGCAAAAACAGCAGUAUGCUCCAGUAGCACCGCCAUCAUCUAAUCCAGCCGCCGCCGCCGCCGCUGCGGCUACUGGAAUGCGUCCGGCAGAAGUUAACCGUCCAGCGCAACCUCCACCGCAUGCUCAGUACAAUCCGGCUGCUUACCUUCCAUACCAGCAACACAACAUCCCGCCCCAGCAACCAAGCAUGCCGGUUCAACCCCUUCAGAAACCCAGCACGCCAUACACAAUACCCCAGCAGCAGCCUGUGCCAAUGACGCCUCAGCAAGCCGUUACGCAAGUCAAAGAAGAGCCGCCUCAACCUCAACAGAAAACUAGAAUCGGUUUGGAUCAGUUCAACUUCCUUGCUGUCCUUGGUAAGGGUAAUUUCGGCAAGGUCAUGCUGGCAGAGACGAAGAAGACGCGCAAGCUUUAUGCCAUAAAAGUUUUGAAGAAGGAAUUCAUCAUCGAAAAUGAUGAAGUGGAGAGCACCCGAUCGGAAAAACGUGUUUUCUUGAUCGCAAACAAGGAACGCCACCCCUUCCUUCUUAACUUGCAUGCCUGCUUCCAAACCGAGACCCGCGUGUACUUUGUAAUGGAAUAUAUUAGCGGUGGUGAUCUGAUGUUGCACAUUCAGCGCGGCCAGUUUGGUUUGAAACGAGCACAAUUCUACGCUGCAGAAGUUUGUCUAGCUCUCAAAUACUUCCAUGAAAAUGGAGUCAUUUAUCGUGACUUGAAACUCGACAAUAUCCUCCUGACUCUGGACGGCCACAUCAAGAUUGGAGAUUAUGGUCUCUGCAAGGAAAAUAUGUGGUAUGGCUGUACAACAGGCACUUUUUGCGGCACACCCGAAUUUAUGGCGCCAGAAAUUUUGCUUGACAAAAAAUACGGCCGAGCUGUUGAUUGGUGGGCAUUUGGUGUGCUCAUUUAUCAAAUGUUGCUUCAGCAGUCACCUUUCCGUGGUGAAGAUGAGGACGAAAUCUACGAUGCCAUCCUUGCUGAUGAGCCCCUCUAUCCAAUCCAUAUGCCCAGGGAUUCUGUCUCCAUCCUUCAGAAACUAUUGACACGCGAGCCGGAACUGCGACUAGGUGCUGGACCUACAGAUGCCCAGGAGGUCAUGUCUCAUGCUUUCUUCAGGAACAUCAACUGGGAUGACAUCUACCACAAGCGGGUGCCUCCACCAUUUUUGCCACAGAUCUCCAGCGCUACUGAUACGAGCAACUUCGAUCAAGAAUUCACGAGUGUCACACCUGUGCUCACACCAGUGCAGUCUGUUCUUACUCAAGCUAUGCAGGAGGAAUUCCGCGGCUUUUCUUAUACCGCCGAUUUUGCCUGA